AUGGGUUAUAGGAAAGCGGGUCAGGGAAAAUCUAGUGAUGAGGAGAAAGCGGGUUAUAGGAAAGAGGAUCAGGGGAAAUCCAGUGAUGAGGAGAAAGCGGGUUAUAGGAAAGAGGGCCAGGAGAAAUCCAGUGAUGAGAAAGUGGGUUAUAGGAAAGAGGGUCAGGGGAAAUCCAGUAAUGAGGAGAAAGCGGGUUAUAGGAAAAAGGAUCAGGGCAAAUCCAGUGAUGAGGAGAAAGCGGAGGAUCAGGGGAAAUCCAGUAAUGAGGAGAAAGCGAGUUAUAGGAAAGAGGAUCAGGGGAAAUCCAGUGAUGAGGAGAAAGCGAGUUAUAGGAAAGAGGGUCAGGGGAAAUCCAGUGAUGAGAAAGUGGGUUAUAGGAAAGCGGGUCAGGGGAAAUCUAGUGAUGAGGAGAAAACGGGUUAUAGGAAAGAGGAUCAGGGGAAAUCCAGUGAUGAGGAGAAAGCGGGUUAUAGGAAAGAGGGCCAGGAGAAAUCCAGUGAUGAGAAAGUGGGUUAUAGGAAAGAGGGUCAGGGGAAAUCCAGUGAUGAGGAGAAAGCGGGUUAUAGGAAAGAGGAUCAGGGGAAAUCCAGUGAUGAGGAGAAAGCGGGUUAUAGGAAAGCGGGUCAGGGGAAAUCUAGUGAUGAGGAGAAAACGGGUUAUAGGAAAGAGGAUCAGGGGAAAUCCAGUGAUGAGGAGAAAGCGGGUUAUAGGAAAGAGGGCCAGGAGAAAUCCAGUGAUGAGAAAGUGGGUUAUAGGAAAGAGGGUCAGGGGAAAUCCAGUGAUGAGGAGAAAGCGGGUUAUAGGAAAGAGGAUCAGGGGAAAUCCAGUGAUGAGGAGAAAGCGGGUUAUAGGAAAAAGGAUCAGGGCAAAUCCAGUGAUGAGGAGAAAGCGGGUUAUAGGAAAGAGGGUCAGGGGAAAUCCAGUGAUGAGGAGAAAGCGGGUUAUAGGAAAGAGGAUCAGGGGAAAUCCAGUGAUGAGGAGAAAGCGGGUUAUAGGAAAGAGGAUCAGGGGAAAUCCAGUGAUGAGGAGAAAGCGGGUUAUAGGAAAGAGAGUCAGGGAAAUCCAGUGAUGAGGAGAAAGCGGGUUAUAGGAAAGAGGAUCAGGGGAAAUCCAGUAAUGAGGAGAAAGCGAGUUAUAGGAAAGAGGAUCAGGGGAAAUCCAGAAAUCCAGUGA